UCAUGCUGCUGCCAGGUCCAGAGUCUGUCAUGGGUCCCUGUACGGCCUCCCAUUGCUGCUGUCUCCAUCGCCACACUCUGCCAUGUGCCACUUUCAGGUCUCCUCACACUGCUGGUGUGUUCCAUUUUUUUUUGUCAUAGGGUGCUGGCAGAUUACGGGCCUCCCAUAGCUGCUGCCAGGCCCCUAAUCUGCCAUGGGCCCCUAUACCGCCUCCUCAUGCUGCUGCCAAGUCCAGAGUCUCUCAUGGGUCCCUGUACGGCCUCCCAUUGCUGCUGUCUCCAUCGCCACACUCUGCCAUGUGCCACUUUCAGGUCUCCUCACACUGCUGGUGUAUUCCAUUUUUUG